GGCACGCAUUUAGGACUGCGACUUUUCGUGACAGCAUGUCAUUUUCGACAUUUGAUUGAUAAUUUUCUAAAGAUCCAUCAAAUUAGUUUGUUUGAAAGUUACUUUAGGCGCUAAAUGUUAAUAUUUUAUAAUUUUCUCGUAUUGAGAAGGAUGUGAGUAAACGGAUUCCAUAUUUGGAGGUCGCGGCUUUGGUUGCCAUUAUGAGCGCUCUAAAGUGUGUAGUUGAAGGCUGCAACAUGGAAUAUGAUGUAGUGUGCAGCUUUUCCUUCUACAAUGUUAAUACGUCCGCCCAGACAGAUGACAAGAGACAGAACUGGAUCGAAGGUGCUAUGCAGGAGGAGAGCGAGUGUCUAUGGAGGCACGUGAGCUUACAGCUGUGUGGGUAUCAUUUUGAACUGGACGCGCAAGGACUAUGGAUCGAUUCGCCAAUGUUACCUGAACUACUGACGCCUCAGGAACAAGCCGCUCCGAUUCAACAGACGGCCGCUGAUAAGAAAGUGGCUGAUAUCAUCCGCAUGGAACACAAUUACUGUGUAGAAGCGGUCAAAGAGGCGGCCGAGAGCGUCUCCCGUCUGAACGUGAGACAACUCGUCGAUACAUUGGGAUAUUUGUCUAUAAAGAAUCUACAGAAGAAACAGCUGUGGGUGGUGAAGGUGGAGACCGACAAGGCGGAGGCGUCGAUAACGCAAUCGGAACAGGUCAUAACCAAGAUGCCGGAUCCGAAACAGAUUAUUGAGAUCGUCCCGCAAACGUCGACGUCUGAGGAACUCCAAGCCCAGAGCGAAGUUCUCCACGUGAUGGAAGAUGGGAACAUAUCCGAUAACUUCAUAUACGAAAUAGCGGAGGAACAAGAGAUAACCAUGGAGGAGGUUAAGGAGAUACCCGUCUCCAGUAAUCGGGAGUGGACCGUGAACAUCAUACCGGAGGAGACGAAGCCGAAGUACGCCUACAUAAAACACUGUAACACCGGCAAGAAGAAACGGCACUUCACGGCCGAGAUGAACGAGAUAACACUACAGGGCGACUUCGAGAACUACUACAUACUACCGGACGUGGAUCCGUCGGUCGGCGUCGAAAUAACGACCAGCUACGAGCCGGAGAACUUCAUAGUCGAGGAAUACCCCCACUUGGUGCUCGAGGAGCGUCCCAGGAAGCGAUCCAGGGAUUCGGAUCCGACCAAACGGAGGAAGAAGAAAACAGCAUCGCCGUCUGUCAGGGAGCAAGUGAGACAGGUGAAAACGGAGAUCAAAACGGAGAUAGACGAAGACUGGGUAAUCGAUAAUAGUGUCUACGACCAGGACACGUCCGACGAUUACGACGAUAAGAAAGCGGCUAGAGUGAGACGGAAAAAUAAAAAGUACCUCGGCUAUGAUUUUGUUACCUAACUAGAAAACACGGAGCGGAUCAAACUUUAAUCAUUUUUUUUUUAUUAUUAUUUUUAAUUUAGAUAUAUAUUCGCGUGAUCCAAUGCCUUUAGUUUCAAUAACGCUAUGUUAAUAAAUCUUUACACACUAAAUAUUGUACGUUUAAUAUAAAUAUGAGUAAUUGUUUUUUCUUUCUGUCAUAUAUAUAAAUAAGGUAUGAAGAUGUAUAGUAUAUAACAACGGUGGAAGAUGUUGGGAUAAAUGAACACACGACUGUAAUAUACACUACAAACAGUUCGCGAUUCAUAUAUUAUUUACAUCAAAACGUUCGGGAAUUCACCACAGAUAAUAAAUGAAGCGUCGUGUCGUUUCAAUGUUUGUCUAUCCCCACUCCUCCCCCCGUUGGAACGGAUUAUAGUAUAAUGUUGCUCGGUUUUUGAAUCAUGUGAAAUGUUCCGGGGUGAUGAAUUAACGCUUGUUAGCAAGUGCCCAUCUUCUAUUACUGGUAAAUAAAUAUGUUUUAAAAUUA